UUCACGUGAUGAAAAUAGGAAGUGUAGUGACAGUCCUUUGGUCUUUUAAGAUAUUAAUGGUACUCUGCGCGAUCGCUGCACCACGUAAUUGAAGUCAUUCAGAUUUCCUUCAUGAAAAGAAAAAGUUUCAUCGCAUUUAUGAUGGGAAUAGUGUUUCUACUAAUCGCGGUGUUGUAUAGCACUUACAAUUCUCAGCCGUCUGGCGCUUCUGGGCUUAAAACCGACUAUCGACUGCUGGGAAAAACACUUUACAAGUUGGAUAUAUCCUGGCCCAAGUACACGGAACAUUUCACGGGUGAUGUGUUCGGAGUCGCUGUCAAUCAUCUGGCUGGUUUGGUGUACGUGGCGCAGCGGGGGAACGAUAUUCCCAAAGUGCUGGUGUUCACCACAGAAGGAGAUUUCGUCCAGGCCUGGAACACCACUAACCUGGAGAUGCCUCACGGGAUCUUCUUGGCUGAUCCCUCCACAAACCCCUCUGUGUGGAUCACAGACGUGGGGACGGGGCGGUAUGGGCACACCAUAAAGCAGUACUCUCCCUCCGGGAAGCUGCUGCAGGUUCUGGGCACAGCAGGGACGGCUGGCUCUGGAAUGAACCCUCUGCAGUUCGACCAGCCAGCCGAGAUCUUCAUCCACAGCUCUGGUGAGAUCUACAUCGUCGACGGCGAUGGCGGCAUGAACAACAGACUUAUAAAGCUGUCCAAAGACCUGCAGGUGUUGUGGAUGCAUGGGGAGAAGGGCUCUGGCAUGGCGCAGUUCUACAUCCCACACAGCGUAGCUGUGGAUAACUACCGGAGGGUGUGGGUGGCUGACAGAGGGAACAAGCGGAUCCAGGCAUUCAACUCGGAGACGGGCGACUGGCUGGGGUCCUGGGGCAGUUGUUUCACAGAUGAUGCCCCAUAUUCUGUCAGACUGACACCAGACCAGAAGUAUUUUGUGGUGGUACAGCUGAACACCAAUCAGAUCAGUCUGCUGGAGGCCCCGUCCGUGGGUGCGAUUGGACAGUGCAAGGUGGUCAGUGUCAUCCAGUUGGCUGAGGACAUCAAGCCCCACCUUGUGGACCUGGACCUGAAAACAGGGGCACUGUACGUGGCCGAGAUUGGGGCUCAGCAGGCCCAGAAGUUCACCCCCUUCACCAUGGGAGGCCCCCAGUAAAGCUACAUUUUGGGGAUGGGAUGAGGGUUGAGGGUAAAGUACUUCUUCACUGGUGGAGCCCCUCUCUGUUUUUUCUGCAAGCAAAAAUUAUAAAAAUGUAAAGUGAUAAAACAUUUCACAGGCACUCCUCCACACGGGGCUUAAAAAUCACAAUGGAAAAAGAGACGCUUACGUUGGAAGCAAUCGUAUUAUUUUCGGUCUGCGGAUCUUUUGCCAGCACAAUCAUGCAAUGACAUCGCAGCCAUCUUAUCCCUCUUCUGCCCCCUUCAUUCCUCUGUUAUUUCCCGUGGUGCACUUUACCUUCCUUAGCACUGGUGCUUUAGCUGACCUGCAUGUCUAAAGUAAUGACAGACCAUUGAGCCUGUGGGCAGCCCUAUGAGUUUAACCAGGGGACAGCCCCGGUUAGGUACUCAGCGUUCGGUGCCAUUGAAUGUACUGAAUGUGUAGUCAGCAGAGAAAGUGUGAUUCUGAGCAUGAUUUUCCAAAGGGAAAUCCCUCCAGUUGGUCUGUUGUCCAGACCUUGGUGUGAUUAGUGAAAUAAAUCGCUGCUGUAUAGUUUCUAGGUUUUGAAUGUCACUGUGAUGAAAGGGUGGGAAAUGUCAUCUAAAACAGAGCCAGGAGAAUCUGUACUUGUUACAGGACUAAUGUGCUUAAAAGUGUAUUAUACUGUAGGUGGUGUAUGUGCGUUUUUGAUAUACAAGAUUGGCCAAAAAUAAAAUAAUUAUAUUUUGAAAUGAUUUUGCCAUUUGGUAAUUCGAUGGUCCUGUUUUCUAUCAUCAGUAAAAUCUCAGUAUCUAUGUCUGUCAUUACAUUUAUGUUUUAAAAGGAAUAUGAGACUUGACUGCAUGUAAGUUUCUGCACCCUUUUUUAAUUACCCUUGGUCAUCGUUGAACUGCAGUUGUGAAUUGUUCUUAGUUAUUUUGUUGAAAGUGCUAGUUCAUUUGGCAGUACAACCAUAUGUGUAUGUAUAUAUUGUAAAUGGUAAAGCCUUUUAAUGAGUGACCUUUAGCUAUUUCCUCUGUGAUUAAUGUGCAACAGUUUCCUCCUAGAUGUUUCCGUGAUCUGAAAUACACAUGCACAAAUGACUUUGUAUUGGAGUUGUAAUAAUCCUGAGAGUUUCUGAAAAUGUAUUCUUUCAUUGUCAUCGGUUGAUAAAAUGCGUGACUGUCAUUCAGGAGCUCUAUUAAACAAUGAAAGGGAA